AGGGGGGGGGGGGUAAAUGUGAAUAACAUUUUGUCGUACCCCCGACGGCAUUGCCUACCCCAGUUUUGGAAUACCUGCCCAAGCGCCACAUUCACUGUUCUCGUUAUCACCUGCCGCCAUAUUGGAUAAACUACCAGUGGAAGGAGGGAAACUGAAACAUUGCUUCUGUGUCGCUACUUUCGUUGUAGUAUAGUUAAAACCAGGGUUAAAACAGUCGUCCGAAGCUGUGUGUGUAGGACACAUUUAAGUGGUUUAUAAUAUCGGCCAGUUUGAGUCCGAGGCGAGGGGUUUCGUCUUUUGACGUUGUUAGGACUUGUUGUAAAUAUGACUUCCCUAACACAGCGGAGUUCGGGCCUAGUGCAGAGGCGGACCGAGGCCUCUCGUAGCUCUGCCGCGGACAAGGACAGAGGGUCCGGGGAUGAGGACUUCGAGACCCACCGCGGAGAAGAGGAGGAGGACGAUGACAAGGGAGACUCCAAAGAAACUCGACUCACUUUGAUGGAAGAAGUGUUACUCUUGGGAUUGAAGGACCGCGAGGGCUACACGUCGUUCUGGAACGACUGCAUCUCGUCGGGUCUGCGCGGCUGCAUGCUCAUAGAGCUGGCCAUCAGAGGACGACUACAGCUGGAAGCCUGUGGCAUGAGGAGGAAAAGCCUGCUCGCCAGGAAGGUGAUCUGUAAGUCGGAUGCUCCGACGGGAGACGUGCUAUUGGACGAGGCUCUGAAACACGUAAAGGAGACCCAGCCCCCAGAGACGGUGCAGAGCUGGAUUGAGCUGCUCAGCGGUGAGACGUGGAACCCUCUGAAGCUACAUUAUCAGCUGAGGAACGUGAGGGAGCGUCUAGCCAAGAACCUGGUGGAAAAGGGCGUGCUGACCACGGAGAAACAGAACUUCCUCCUCUUCGACAUGACCACUCACCCGCUCACUAACAACAACAUCAAACAACGCCUCGUCAAGAGGGUUCAGGAGGCCGUGUUGGAGAAAUGGGUCAACGACCCGCACCGCAUGGACAAGCGGCUGCUCGCCCUCAUCUUCCUGGCCCACUCGUCUGAUGUCCUGGAGAAUGCAUUUUCCCCCCUGCUGGACGACCAGUAUGACCUGGCCAUGAAGAGAGUACGGCAGCUCUUGGACCUGGAGCCAGAAGGGGAGAGCACUAAGACCAACGCCAAUGAGUUGUUGUGGGCCGUGGUGGCCGCCUUUACCAAGUGACCUGACCUUCCACCUUCAGACACCAGAGGGUGCUGUUGGUUUGACGGUGGGGUAGAGGGAGAGGACAGGACAGUUUUGGGGAGGGACAAAGAGGAGAGGGCUGGUCUGUCUGGCCCAUCAAGGUAGUGACUUGAGGUCACCUCCCUCUGUCUUUCUGAACAGAAUGGUCUGCUCCAGACCUGUCCCACAGCUUUCUGAACAGAAUGGUCUGCUCCAGACCUGUCCCACAGCUUUCUGAACAGAAUGGUCUGCUCCAGACCUGUCCCACAGCUUACUGAACAGAAUGGUCUGCUCCAGACCUGUCCCACAGCUUACUGAACAGAAUGGUCUGCUCCAGACCUGUCCCACAGCUUACUGAACAGAAUGGUCUGCUCCAGACCUGUCCCACAGCUUACUGAACAGAAUGGUCUGCUCCAGACCUGUCCCACAGCUUACUGAACAGAAUGGUCUGUUCCAAACUUGUCCCACAGCUUUCUGAACAGAAUGGUCUGCUCCAGACCUGUCUGAACAGAAUGGUCUGUUCCAGACCUGUCCCACAGCUUUCUGAACAGAAUGGUCUGCUCCAGACCUGUCCCACAGCUUACUGAACAGAAUGGUCUGCUCCAGACCUGUCCCACAGCUUACUGAACAGAAUGGUCUGCUCCAGACCUGUCCCACAGCUUACUGAACAGAAUGGUCUGUUCCAAACUUGUCCCACAGCUUUCUGAACAGAAUGGUCUGCUCCAGACCUGUCUGAACAGAAUGGUCUGUUCCAGACCUGUCCCACAGCUUUCUGAACAGAAUGGUCUGCUCCAGACCUGUCCCACAGCUUACUGAACAGAAUGGUCUGCUCCAGACCUGUCCCACAGCUUACUGAACAGAAUGGUCUGCUCCAGACCUGUCCCACAGCUUACUGAACAGAAUGGUCUGUACCAGACCUGUCCCACAGCUUUCUGAACAGAACAUAUCUCUCUCCCUCUGUCCUUCUCCUUUUCCCUUCAUCAAGCUCUUUCUCUCUGCAAGAUGUCAUUUAAUCACUCACUUUUACAAAUAAAAUGUAAACUCCCUCUGAUGGAGUGACAUGCAAUGUUUUGAAUCCUGGACUGAAAUAUGAAGAUCCAAUCAUCAUCCUCUUCCUCCCUGGACAAAUCUUUCAGAAAUGUCUUCAAAGUAUGUAUGGUAUUCUCUACUGGUAUCUAGCUCUUACUCACUAUAGCCUACCGUGGGAUCCAACAGUAUUGGGAAAGUGACCCAUGUGUUUGUUGUUUUGACUCUGUCCUCCAGCACUUUGGGUUUGAAAUGAUACAAUGACUAUAUGGGGUUAAAGUGCAGACUGUCAGCUUUAAUUUGAGGGUAUUUCAUCCAUAUCGGGUGAAUCGUUUAGAAAGUACAGAAGUUGUUGUACAUUGUCCCCCAAUGACUACUUUAACUACUUUGGGCUGCAAGCCCGAAGCCGGGCACAAUAUGACAACAGCCACUUCAAGUGCAGGGCGCGAAAUUCAAAAUAUAUUUUUUAGAAAUAUUUA